UCUUUCAUGAAACGAACAUGGCAGAUGCAGUGGAUACUGUUUCAGUUCCUGAGCUCAGCUCACUCUUACAGGCGGACUCUUAUCUCAAACCGUAUGAACAGGACUUUAAAAGGAGGUACGGCCUGUUCCAGAAGCAGCUGAGCCUCCUUGAGGAGGCCGAGGGAGGUUUUGAUCAGUUCACUCGCAGCUAUAAGACCUUCGGAGCGCAUCGACUGCCGGACAACAGCGUGGUCUUCAAGGAGUGGGCACCGGCCGCGGAGGCUUUGUUUCUCACCGGAGACUUUAAUGACUGGGAUAAAUUCUCUCACCCGUAUAAAAAAAAGGAAUUUGGGAAAUGGGAGCUGCACGUACCACCCAAAGAAGACGGGUCACCAGCAGUGGCUCACAAUUCCAAAUUGAAGGUGGUACUUCACACCAAAGAAGGUGAGCGACUGUACCGAAUUUCACCUUGGGCCACGUACGUCACCAAGCUUGAUACUUCUGUGGUGUAUGACUGGGUCUACUGGGAUCCUCCUCAGCCCUAUGUGCACAAGCAUCCUCGACCACGGAAGCCCCACAGUUUGCGGGUAUACGAGUCCCACGUUGGCAUUGCGUCCCCAGAGGGCAAAGUGGCAUCUUAUAGCAACUUCACACACAAUGUGCUGCCCCGAAUAAAAGACCUUGGGUACAACUGUAUUCAGCUGAUGGCCAUUAUGGAACACGCUUAUUAUGCCAGCUUUGGUUACCAAGUCACCAGUUUCUUCGCAGCAUCCAGCCGAUACGGAAUCCCAGAUGAGCUGAAGGAGCUGAUCGACGUGGCACACUCAAUGGGCAUCAUGGUCCUCCUAGACGUGGUACACAGCCAUGCCUCUAAAAACACAGAGGAUGGCCUGAACCACUUUGAUGGCUCCGACUCGUGCUUCUUUCAUGGCGGGGAGAGAGGAGAGCACCCACUGUGGGGCAGCCGACUAUUCAACUACUCCAGCUGGGAGGUGCAGCGGUUUCUCUUAUCGAACCUGCGUUGGUGGAUGGAGGAGUACCGUUUCGAUGGAUUCCGGUUCGACGGGGUCACGUCAAUGCUCUACCACCAUCACGGUGUUGGUUCCGGAUUUUCUGGCUCGUACUCUGAGUAUUUUGGGCUUCACGUUGAUGAAGACUCGCUGAUCUACCUGACGCUUGCCAACCAUAUUUUGCACACCCUGUAUGAGGACUGCAUCACUAUAGCAGAGGAUGUAUCCGGUAUGCCCACGCUGUGUCGGCCUGUGCAGGAGGGAGGAUGUGGGUUCGACUACAGACUAGCCAUGGCUGUUCCAGACAAGUGGAUCCAGAUCUUGAAGGAACUCAAGGAUGAGGACUGGAACAUAGGCGACAUCGUGUACACGCUGACCAACAGACGAUACGGCGAGAAAUGCAUCUCGUAUGCAGAGAGCCACGACCAGGCUCUGGUGGGAGACAAGACCCUGGCCUUCUGGCUUAUGGAUAAGGAGAUGUACACUAGUAUGAGUUCUGUAAUUCCCAUGAACCCCAUCAUUGACCGAGGCAUUCAGCUGCAUAAAAUGAUCCGGCUCCUCACGCACGCCCUGGGAGGGGAGGGCUACCUCAACUUUAUGGGUAAUGAAUUUGGCCAUCCGGAGUGGCUGGACUUUCCACGAGUGGGGAAUAAUGAGAGCUACCACUAUGCCCGCCGGCAGUUCAACCUGUUGGAUAUGGAAGAUCUGCGUUACAGCCAACUGUACGCCUUCGACCGGGACAUGAACCGCUUAGAGGACAAGUACGGCUGGCUCUCCUCAUCACCGGCCUUUGUCAGCACAAAGCACCAGAGUGACAAGGUGAUUGUUUUCGAAAGAGGAAACGUCAUUUUCGUCUUCAACUUCCACCCCACCAACAGCUACAGCGACUACAGAGUGGCAGUUGGACCAGCAGGAAAAUACAAAAUCAAGCUGGACUCUGAUGGGGUACAAUACGGAGGCCAUGGACGACUGGACCACAACACAGAAUUCUUCUCCGACCCUGUUCCUUACAAUGACCGUCCCAACUCGAUGAAGGUUUACAUCCCCUGCAGAACGGCUGUUGUUCUAGCCAACGAGGAAAUCGAUUACUGCUACUGAUACACAGCGUUUCACUGAGAGAUUGAUACUCGGCACACAAGUCUAAACACUGGCAUUCAGCUAAGAUUGUCCUGUGAUAUACCGUAGCAGUGCCCCCUCAUUCCUCACACAGAUAAGUUCUGGAGACUUUCACACGAGAUCUGGUUUGUGUUUAACAUAAAAACACGUUAUAAUGAAUGUACCAUGUGUUAUAUAAAAUGGAAAAUGGUGCAGUUUGCUAAAUCCUAUCAUUGCUGUGUGAUCUCAUAGUGACACUGGUCCUAAAUCCUCCAUAGUAACAAACAUAGAAACGGUUUACUGAUAUUCAUAAGCAAAAGGGGUAAUUAAAUAACAAUGUAUUUCUCCCACACAGUGAAAUGUACGGUUAUAGAUUAACAAUUUAUAAAACUUGGUGGGACCUCUUGAACAUCCUGUACGUUCAGAUAUUGUAAAUGUAUUUGACAUCACUUAAAAAACAUCAAUUUAAUAAUGAAAUGAGCUAAAUGUAGCAUUUGUUCUUAUUACAUUGGUGGUGUUAAAUAAUUUCCAAAAAUGAUGUACAUAUUUUAAGAUACAGAGAAGAUUCUACGCUUCAAAGCAGAAAAUGAUUUAACAUUUUUGUGUUAAUAUUACCUGAAUGAUCAUUAAUGACCAUGUACACUGUGUAGAUUUAGUUCCAGAUUGUUCGCUGUGAAUGGUGGGCAGAUGCUCGGAUUGUUAAUUGGUCUGGUUAAAAUAAAAAUGUACAAAAA